AUGCACGAGAUCUACCAGAAAGCUACUAGGACCAUUGCCUGGCUCGGCGAAGGCGAAGAUGAUGGCGAGUUUGCUCUGGGGUCUGGGUACGCUGGCCGUAAAGCGCUCGUGGAGCCGCAUCUGGUCGAUGGAUACGACAAGGAGUAUGAAACGCGAGGCUGGACAGCGGUUUUGGCACUCAUGAAGAGACCGUGUUGGCAAAGGCUAUGGGUCAUGCAGGGGAUUGCUCUAUCUUCGCAACCUCCAAGAGCGAUGUGCGGACGUACCGGCAUUCAGUGGGGUACUCUGACUGCUGCGCUCGCCCACGAGUAA